GAGGAGCACGCGAGGGCAUGGCCGAUGAUCCAGAAGGCCAGCGAGAUCCUCGGGUACGACCUCUUCGACGUCACCGAGAUCGGCCCAGAGGAGAAGCUGCACCAGCUGGACGUGUGCCAGCCCGCCAUCUUUGUCGCCAACAUGUGCGGGCUCGAGUGGCUGCGAGACCAGGAGGGCAAGGCCAGCGGCGAUGCAGCCGCGGCCGCGGGCCUCUCCUGCGGCGAGCUGGCAGCGCUGUGCGCCGCUGGCUGCUUCGGUUUCGAGGAUGGCGUGCGCCUGGCAAAGUUGCGAGGCGAGCUCAUGAGGGACGCGGCAGAGGCCACCGGCGCAGGAGGCCAGAAGAUGGUCUCCGUGAUCGGCCUCGGCGAGGAGGAGGUCGAGGAGCUCUGCGAGGAGGCGCAGGCGGCCGAGGAGGGCGGCGUGUGCAGGAUCGGGAACCGGUUAUUCCCCUCCGGCUUUGUGCUCUCGGGCACGUCAGGCGCCGUGGACGCGGCGCGGGAGCUGGCCCGGAAGCGUGGCGCCCAGAAGGUCUCGGAGUUGCUGGGCUGCCGAGCAGGGUACCACACGGAGCUCAUGAGACCCGCGGAGGAGCCGCUCCGGAAGUUCCUGGUGGAGCUGCUGCGCACCGACCGCCUGCGGCCUCCGGAGAUCACGGUCUACUCUUCCAGCACGGGAGAGCGGUGGCUUCCUGGGGCGCCCGCGCACGCGAUCUUGGAGGGCAUCGUGGCCGGCCUUACAGCCCCAGGGCAGUGGGAGGACACGUGCCGUGCCAUCAUAGACGACGGGGUCGAGUUCUUCUGGGAGAUAGGGCCCAUGAAGCAGCUGAAGGCUAUGAUGCGGCACAUAGACUACACCCAAUGGAAGGGUAUGAAGUGCAUCGACUGCUGAGAGGGCAUUGGGCUUGUCGUCUUCCCCAUGUUCACUCGUUCACCCGUCGUCCACUCGUUUUUCCCUUUUCCCUUACUCCCUU